GCAACAACAUAAGGACGACACGUUUGGGAUGAUUAACGAUCGAGAGAACCCGAUUGAUGGGUGCAUGCAAUUCGUAAUAUUAAAAAUUACUCUACUUACAUGGUCAAGGACAUGAUAGCGUUGACAACAUCGCUGUCGUUCUCCUUCAAAGCCUUCACGGCAUUGGCACGAGAGACGUUAGCUUGAGCCAUGACCAAGUCAAUGUCCUUGGGGUCGACACCAGUCUCGUCAACAGCCUCCUCAGGCUCGUCGGCCUUCUCCUCGGCAGCGGGAGCCUCAGCAGUCUCCUCAGCCUUGGACUCCUCAGUCUCAUCGCCGUCCUUAGCAGCGUUUUGGGCAGCAGCAAAGGCGCGGGCUUGAGCGUUCAUGUCCUCAACGGUAACUUGGCCAAGAACAAUGUAAGCAUUGUUGCUGCUCUUGUAAACGAUGGGGUCGUUGACAACAAGCAAGAUCUAAACCAUUGUUAGUACGACGUUCCUUCUUCCUAGGCUACUAUUCGUCAACUUACGUUCUUGGGACGACGCAUGACAACACGAGUGAUGCCCUCGACGCGCUUGAGGUUAAGCUUGGAGAUAAGCUUUUGGGCCUUCUCGGCGCGAACAACGGUAGUGGUACCGGCGGGGAGCUCAGAAACUUGUGCGGAUUCAGCAGACAUGUUGACCAGGUGUUGUUUUUUGGGGAAGGUUGAGGCCUCUGUGUCGCGUUUGUUUCGCCUUUUACACUGUGACUGUUUUUCUCAGCUAUGACAUAGCACUCUGCAAAGCAGUAAGGAAUGAAAUGAGCAAUUGUGUCAGAACUAAGCGUUGUAGAGCGCUGCUUCUUCCUACGUAGUGUUCUUUGGCGUUUUUCUUAUUUGUGCUCUUCUUUUUGCUUUGUUGUUUGAUGAUUUCAGAAAAACUGUUUUUCUAUCUGAACCCGGAUUUGAUGGUGUGUGAUGGAUGAAAACUUUUGAUGUAAAAGCAAAACAGCAAAACGUACACCUGCAGGUUUGUACUUACUUGUUCUUCACAUUCUUUCUGUGCCCCUCUAUACUAUUCAGUCAUAGCUCAAGUGUGAGCUAAACUUAUUCUGGGAAGUUUAGGGCAAAAAAACUUAUUCUGUACCUGCUACUUUGAUUUCUUUUUAAAACCCGGUAUUGAAUUCCGUCUUUAAGCACAGAAAGAAAAAGUCUGUCAAAAAAUGUCCCUUCCUGGCUUAAUGCCCAAUGGGCUUAAUCAACCUCAGCCGAAUGCUGCUUCUUUGACAGACGAAGAAAAGGCUGCGAUUCAACAAGCAAAAAUUGUCAGAGUCAUCGGUCGGAUGACGGAAAGCUGUGUCUUUAAGAGUGCCAUGUCGGGUGUAAUGGGUUUUGGUCUAGGUGGCAUAUUUGGAUUAUUCAUGUCGUCUUUGGAUAUUCAGUCUACAUCACAUGAAAUUUACCAGAAAGCAUUCAAGGAGCAGAUCCGUAUUCAAUUCAAGGACAUGACUCGGAGAUCCAUUUCAACGGGUAAAAAUUUUGGUCUCGUUGGUCUGGUCUACUCGGGAGCUGAGUGUUGUUUUGAAUCUUAUCGAGCUAAAACGGACAUGUACAAUGCCAUUGGAGCGGGUUUUGUCACAGGUGGCGCACUUGCCAUGCGUGCUGGUCCAAAAGCUGCAUUCACAGGAGGUCUUGGUUUUGCUGCUUUCUCUUUUGUUAUUGAAAAAUAUAUGCAUUGGGGCGAGUAAAGGCACAAGCGCUUCUAAGCGCCUGUUUAAGUGUUUUCAUGUACUUUUGGAAUGAUCUUCAUUGGGUAAUUAAUCUUUUUUUUUUUUUUUUCUUUUUUUGAAAUUCAAGGUUUGGAUUAGUCUGUAAUAGAGUAAUUGUUAUUAAGGCAAUAAUGUAUGGACAAAAGCAACAUUGUUUUUGUUUUAUUUGUGUAUCCAGAUGCGAACGAAGUAUACAUAGUUCGUUUACGUGAAUCUGGCUCUACAAUAUUAUGAAAACUCGAACUAAUUCUUAAGUUGCUUGAAAGCAAUGUGAUUUAGCUUAAUUAUACAAACAUUACUUAAAUAUCGCCAGUCAAAUUCAC